CCCAAUGAGCUGUCGCAGCAGCGCUGAGAGGACCAGCCAUUUUACUUAUGGAAAGCAGUGUGGCAUAGAGCUUCACGGUGGAAGAAGCAUUUUUUUUUUAAUCUCUUGAAAGAAGAGAGCCACAAUGGGCAUGCUAGUGCACAAUCAUUGCAGCCACGUGUGCCUGCAAGCUGCCCCUGCGACAAGCUGUUGACUGCUGUUGCAAUUAGCUGAUUGGAGAACGGGGAAUGCAGGGUGAUAACGCCGCGUAUCAGCUCGCGGGCAGCAGCAGGAAAGGGUUUUGUCUCGGGAAGGCAAGCCUUCCCCGCACAGUUAUUUCAGCAGCUCCCCAACUGAGAGAACCCGGGCUCUGAAAAGAGGGUGCCUCCCUCUGCUAGCACUGGUCCUGCGUGAGGCUGCUGCUCACAGGUCUGGGAAAGCAGGUGUGUGCUCGGAUGGGCACUGGGCUGGAACGCAGGCAGCCGCUCUCGGGUUCACCUGCUUCCUGUGAACAGACUGUUAGCUCCGAGCAUCUGCUCCCGCUCCCGCACGCUGAAGCUGAGGCUGAGAAAGGGGCUCAGGGCAUCCCACUUGACUGACGGAGACACUUGGAUUGGACUUAAUCUUAAACCUCUGGAGGUCAAGACCUUUUUAAAAAGGGCUAAAUAAACAAUCUCUACACGGGAAAAGGCCACUGACUCCCGCUUCCUCUGCUGGAGCAACAGUGAAGUUCAGCCUCUUCAAGGAAAACUGAAGACUUUAAUAACAAACCCUUCCAGGAGAAAAUGAAUACAGAUAGCGGUGGGUGUGCUCGCAAGCGUGCGGCCAUGUCUGUCACGUUAACAUCUGUGAAGAGAGUUCAAAGUUCGCCAAACCUAUUGGCUGCAGGGCGUGAUUCUCAGUCUCCAGACUCAGCGUGGAGAUCUUACAGUGAUCGAAAUCCAGAGACACUGAACGGAGAUGCCACAUAUUCCUCUCUUGCAGCAAAGGGUUUUAGAAGCGUCCGACCAAACCUGCAAGACAAAAAAUCACCAACCCAGAGCCAGAUAACCAUCAAUGGCAACUCUGGCGGUGCUGUGAGUCCAGUCAGUUACUAUCAAAGGCCAUUCUCCCCUUCCGCGUACUCCCUUCCAGCCUCGCUCAACUCCAGCCUUAUCAUGCAGCAUGGCAGAUCACUUGAUUCUGCAGAGACCUAUUCCCAGCAUGCCCAGUCUCUGGACGGCACCAUGGGAGGCUCCAUCCCACUCUACAGAUCCUCCGAGGAAGAGAAGAGAGUGACGGUUAUCAAAGCCCCGCAUUACCCAGGGAUCGGCCCCGUGGACGAGUCCGGCAUCCCCACAGCCAUUAGAACGACAGUCGACCGGCCAAAGGACUGGUACAAGACAAUGUUUAAGCAAAUUCACAUGGUCCACAAGCCGGAUGAGGACACAGACAUGUAUAAUACUCCUUACACAUACAACGCAGGUCUGUACAACUCGCCGUACAGCGCUCAGUCACACCCUGCUGCGAAGACCCAGACGUACAGACCCCUUUCCAAGAGCCACUCAGACAACGGCACAGAUGGUUUCAAGGAGACGCCCUCCCCAGUGCCUCCCCCGCAUGUCCCGCCACGACCGAGAGAUCAAUCUUCGACAGAAAAGCAUGACUGGGACCCUCCAGACAGAAAGGUGGACACCAGAAAAUUCCGGUCAGAGCCAAGGAGCAUUUUUGAAUAUGAACCUGGGAAGUCAUCCAUUCUGCAGCAUGAAAGACCCCCUCCUAAAAAGGCUCUGGACUAUGUUCAAGACCACUCUUCCGGUGUUCCCAAUGAGGCCUCCAUCUAUCAGCCCUCCAUUGACAGAAGCCUAGAAAGACCCAACAGUUCCGCCAGCAUGGCUGGGGACUUCCGGAAGCGGAGGAAGAGUGAACCUGCAGUGGGCCCACCCAGAGGCCUGGGGGAUCAGAGUAUGAGCAGGACCAGCCCCAGCCGGGCAGACCUCCCAGGAUCAAGCUCCACAUUCACCAAGUCUUUCAUUAGCUCUUCUCCUUCCUCUCCCUCAAGAGCCCAAGGUGGGGACGAUAGCAAAAUGUGUUCAUCCCUUUGCAGUCACUCGGGGCUCAAUGGCGCCCCCUCUGGUGAGUUAGAGUACUGUAGCGCUUAUAGACAGCAUUUGGAUGUCCCCCGGGACUCGCAAAGGGCCAUCACCUUCAAGAAUGGCUGGCAAAUGGCCCGGCAAAAUGCGGAGAUCUGGAGCAGCACGGAAGAGACCGUGUCCCCCAAAAUCAAAUCGCGUAGCUGUGAUGAUCUCCUGAAUGACGAUUGCGACAGCUUCCCAGACCCUAAAGCCAAGUCAGAAAGUAUGGGUUCUCUGUUAUGCGAGGAAGACUCCAAAGAGAGCUGCCCCAUGGCGUGGACUUCCCCCUAUAUCCAGGAAGUGUGUGUUAACGGCAGAUCCAGAAUCAAACACAGGUCAGCCCAUAAUGCCCCGGGCUUCCUCAAAAUGUACAAGAAGAUGCAUCGCAUCAACCGCAAGGAUUUGAUGAAUUCGGAGGUAAUUUGCUCCGUGAAGUCCAGGAUACUGCAGUAUGAAAACGAACAGCAGCAUAGGGGGCUGCUCCAUGGUUGGAGCCAGUCUUCCACCGAGGAGGUGCCCAGGGACAUGGUACCCACCCGCAUUUCGGAAUUUGAAAAGCUGAUACAGAAGUCCAAAUCCAUGCCCAAUCUAGGGGAUGAGAUGUUGUCUCCCAUCACCCUGGAACCCCAACAAAACGGCCUGUGUCCCAAGAGACGAUUUUCUAUUGAGUCUCUGCUGGAAGAAGAAACUCAGGGUAGACAGCCUUCUCAGGGUCAGCGAAACUGCAAGUCUAAAACCCUGGUGCCCAUCCACAUCGAAGUCACCAGCGACGAGCAACCCAGAGCUCACAUGGAGUUUUCCGACAGUGAUCAAGAUGGAGUUGUGUCUGACCACAGCGACUACAUUCACGUCGAAGGGUCAUCCUUUUGCAGCGAAAGCGAUUUCGACCAUUACUCCUUCACAUCCUCCGAAAGCUUCUAUGGUUCCAGCCAUCACCACCACCACCAUCACCACCACCAUCACCGGCACCUCAUCAGCUCCUGCAAAGGCCGAUGUCCAGCCUCUUACACUCGGUUUACCACAAUGCUAAAGCAUGAACGAGCUAAGCAUGAGAACACGGACCCACCCAGGAGGCAAGAUAUGGACCCCGGCCUGUCUAAACUAGCAUUUCUAGUCAGCCCCGUGCCUUUCCGAAGGAAAAAGAAUUUGACUCCCCAAAAACAGACUGAACAGGCAAAAUGCAAAGCCUCCGUAGUCGAGGCUCUGGACUCUGCCCUGAAGGACAUCUGCGACCAAAUCAAGGCUGAGAAAAGGAGGGGGAGCCUGCCGGACAACAGCAUACUGCAUAGGCUUAUCAGCGAGCUGUUGCCAGAGAUCCCGGAGAGGAAUUCAUCCCUUAACGCUCUAAAACGGAGCCCUGGGCACCAGCCUUUCCACCCACUGCCUCAAGAUGGUGCUAUUCAUUGUCCACUGUACCAAAACGACUGUGGGAGGAUGCCUCACAGUGCCUCUUUCCCAGACGUGGACGCAACCAAUAGCAGCUACUAUGCCCAAGAUUACGGUAGUGAGCUGAGUUUCCGAGACCACGAGUCCCCUAGAAGUUACUCAUCUACUUUGACUGACCUGGGAAGAAGCGUAUCACGGGAACGAAGAGGGACUCCAGAAAAAGAGAAAUUGCCUGCAAAAGCUGUCUAUGAUUUCAAAGCUCAGACAUCUAAGGAGCUAUCAUUUAAGAAAGGAGAUACCGUCUACAUCCUCAGGAAAAUUGACCAGAACUGGUACGAGGGCGAGCACCACGGGAGAGUGGGCAUUUUCCCAAUCUCAUACGUAGAGAAACUGAUGCCUCCAGAGAAAGCACAACCGGCCAGACCACCACCCCCAGUCCAGCCUGGAGAGAUCGGAGAAGCCAUAGCCAAAUACAACUUCAAUGCCGACACAAACGUGGAGCUCUCCCUGCGAAAGGGCGAUAGGAUUAUUCUUCUUAAAAGAGUUGAUCAAAACUGGUAUGAAGGCAAGAUCCCGGGCAGCAACAGGCAAGGCAUCUUCCCUGUGUCCUAUGUAGAAGUCAUCAAGAAGAAUGCAGAAGGUGCCGAGGAGUACCCCGCCCCUCCCAUACCCCACAGCUACUCUAGCGACAGAGUCCACAGCCUAAGCUCCAACAAGCCACAUCGUUCUGUGUUCACUCAUGACAACAUUCAAGGUCAGGGGGAACCGUUUCAGGCUCUGUAUAACUAUACUCCUAGGAAUGAAGAUGAGCUGGAGCUCAGAGAGAGCGAUGUCGUGGAUGUCAUGGAGAAAUGUGAUGACGGAUGGUUCGUGGGAACUUCGAGAAGAACCAAAUUCUUUGGGACUUUUCCCGGAAACUAUGUCAAGAGGCUGUGAAUCGCCUUCUUCCUCAUUUACUCCGCAUUUUUGGUCACACAUCCACACAACUCACCUGGAACAUCCCAGCAGGCCUGCCGCUGUCAUGCCUUAUGGUUUCCCAAGGCCAUUGCCAUCUCCACCUGCCGCCACCAAAUCACCAGCAGCAACUGCCGCUGUGAGCCUUAGGGAGGCUGGGCGCUUAUAGGGAAAUGUGGCAAAACUUACACCCACAUCAAUGCGGUUUCCUGCUUUCUGCCCUGAACUUUAAAAAUCUCUGUGUAUGGAAUCAGAAUGAAAGUCAUCGUACUUAAAAAGAGUGGAAGAGUUAAGGCAGGAAAAAAAAGAGGAGAGGAAAGAAAGAAAGAAAGAAAGAAAGAAAGAAAGAAAGAAAGAAAGAAAGAAAGAAAGAAAGAAAGAAAGAAAAGAAAGAAAAGAAAAGAAAGAAGGAAGGAAGAAAGAAAAGAGACUCUCUAGGAGACUGGCUGGUCUCAUCACGGCUAUACUUCCCCCUCUCUAGAAGGUGUUCUGUGCUCAGGAACCAGACUGUUUUCUGAAAUGCUGUGGUUUGCAUUUUCACCCUCAGCUUGGCAGUGUGUUUUCCUCUCACGAGUUUGCCUAGUGCCCUGGUUUACACUGUAUAACAACUAUACUUCAGCUAUUGUUUGCCUGCACUUCUUACAUAUCGUUUUAUGCACAGUGAUUUAUAAAAUCUAGAGCGAGUAGGAAGGUUAACUGGGACGGCUGUGAUUUCUGUUGGCUGCAUUAAGUUCUCACCCAGGAGUCUUAUCCUGCCCAUUUUUUUGUGUACUUAUUAGAAGUGCAAACAGUGAGUGAUUAAGAAGCCAUUGGUCACUACCAUGACUAUCAUGAAGGUUUAGCCACACUGCGGGACAAAUCGUGUUGUAAAUUUGCAUUGCUGUUUUAUAUUAAAAUGUAAUCAUCGGCAUCAUGAACAAUGAGCUCUUAGUGUUUUAUUUAUCUGUUAAAACUUAAAAAGCAGUGUUAGUAAGAGAGGCAAAGAGAUGGAAGUAAGUGGGUUUCACUGCGUAUGUACACUUACACAUAAGGACAUAUAAAUCAGAUGCUAUAUUGUACAUUUUAUGGACAUGUAAAAGAAUCCCACAUUAUUUUAUAGAGUACCUCGGGAGCAUCCUGAGUGUUAAGGCUGGCUUUAGCAAGGACUAUGAUCUAUGUCUAGCAAGGACAAUUAUUUUUACUAUAAUAAUUAUUUUUCUUCUAUAAAACCCAGAAUCCUGACUCAAUUUCCAGACAGGACUAUAUAUGUUGAGCCUCAUUUUUCUGGUGUGUGUAAAAUACUUCCUAGAAAUAAUGAGGCGAUUUCAGAAAUAAUGGUUAAAUCAUUCAGGUUGUAUUUCCUGCCCCCAAACAGUUCCACAAAACGAUACCAAACCUGAAAGAUUUAAUGGAUUCACAGUGCCUGUGUUCCGCAUACUCUGAGACAUAGCUUUGUAUUUCGAAUGAAUUUGCAUAAGACCUGUUCAUCUUUGAAAUCUUUAGCACCUUAUAGACAAAACUUUUUAUGGCUUUUCUCCGUGGGCAAUGCUUGAUCUCACACAACAUGUAGACUCCAGCAUUUUGUAUAUAUGUUUGUUCUUUUCUUUUGUACAGACUAUUGUUCAGAAAAUGGGGAUUUCCCAAUUUGGUCUUUAUCCUGCACUUAAACUGAGUUUAAACUCUUUCGGCAGGUCUCCCUUGAGGCUCUCUUCACAGAUCACAGGCUAGUACGAAUCUGGAAGAUAACAUCUACACAAAAUUCUAUGAAUUGGAAAGAUCUUUGUAUCCAACCUGAAAUGCACGUAGAUACUGGCAACAGAGGAAUGUUACUAAGGGGGUAGGGACAAAAACACCUUUGAGAAGCUCACUUUACUCUCCAGUUCACGACCAGCUUUCUAUUAGGAAAACUCGGGAUUGGCAAUCAGCCAGCCAAGUGCAGCUUUGCUGAUGAAUGACUACUUCUUUUUCACACCAUUUAUGAAAACAAAUCUUCAACUCUGCUGCCUGUUCUAUUUAAGAAAAUUUGCUGUUUCUACUCUCUGUAUCUGAUUUUAAAAGGGAAAAAACAUUCAUACCUGGCUUUCAGGUCAUUGACUUUGAAUUCUUACAAAGCAAAGGUCAUUGUGUUUUUCUUGAGUAGAUACCUAAUAAAUUUUGCUUGAAAAUA